AUGGUUGAAUGGUGUGUUAUUAUAAAUGAUAAGAAAGGGUCAGAUAGAUCUGCUUUUAACUCGCAACAUUUUGCAGGAAUCCCGGCAUUAGUGGAACAAGGAAAGGUGGUUUGUGGCGGUGCCAUUUAUAAUGAACCAACUGAAGAAGGUGGGAACCCAACUGUUGCUGGAUCACAUCUUCAAGUCGUUGCUGAUACUAAAGAAGAAGUUAUGGAGUUAGUGAAGAAAGAUAUUUUCGCUAAGGAAGGUAUUUGGGAUGUGGAUAAUGCUAUCAUUUAUAGAUUUGAUGCAGCUCUUCGUCUACCAAAGAAAUAA